GCGUUAUAUGGAUUAACUGUGCUGGAGAAGCGACCGGCAGGAGGACCGAGGAUCAGCGGGAAUGUACUGUUAACGUUCCGGUGUGAGUGACCGGACGACAGCUUUUCUGGGACGUUACCUUUAUUUACCUUUAUUUUAGUAGGCUUUUCAAAUGUUUCCUCUUCUCUUCUAUUCUACUCCAGACUGCAGAAGAGACGCACAGAGUCGAAUUAACAGGGGGUGAACGACGCAAGCAGAGACUCUGAGACGGAGAGAGAGAGAGAGAGAGAGAGCGAGCAAGGAGCUCGCGACUGUGAAGUGAAAAUCCAAAAAUCCGUUACUGACAAGGUUUAACUGUCUCAAACAAACCAGGAAAGGUAGUAAUGUGGAUUUUUUAGCAGGGCCAACAAACUCUGCCUAACCCGCAGGAAUGUUUUAUUGGAAUAAUUAGACUUUUCCGCCCUUUUGCCUGGGAUAUUUUUUCUUUCAGUGGAAGUCUUCCUGUUUCACCUGCACGAGGACGGCGACCGGCGGGAAAGGAGAAGGGAAAGGAGGCACUGCCGGGAAGAAGAGUAGAAAAAGAGAAGAGAAGAGAAGAGAAGAAGCGGUUGAAGGGGUGGGGGGUCAUUUCUGUUUCUCUCGGAUGGGAUGUUUCUUUCACCCCGAUAGAGGGAUGAAACCGGGAGAAAAAGACGGGGAGAGAGAGGAAGAGAGAGGAGGGAUAAGAGGAGAAUGUAGUCGUCGGGCGCUGUGAGAAUGCAAAACGGACGCACCCCUCUGGAAAUCAGGAUUGAACUAUAAACCCAUACGGAAUUUACAGCCACCCAAAGGAUAUUACACAUACUUACCUCGAUAUAUACAUAUAUGGGGCAUAUUCUCUUAUCUGGAACCUAUUUGUGUGGAGUUACAACUAUAAUCACCAUAAUCAUUCUAAUUAUGGGAUUUGGGAAGAGGAUUGCACCCUGACACUGACACAGGUGAACGAAGGAACCGUGACAUCCUGAACGAGUGAGUGAAAACAGAAAGACGAUUUUGGACCUUUACCCUCAUCUAUGAUGUUAUAGCUGUGGUAACAUGUGAAGCCUGAAGCAGAGUGUUAGCCGGUUUUACAUCUCUGAAGGUGUGUUGUCCAGGUGGGGUGGUAACCAUGGAGAGGCUGUUGCUGUGUGUGAUGCUGGCAGUUGCCAUGGCAGUGCGUGCACAGAUCUGCCCGAAGCGCUGCGUAUGUCAGAUCCUGUCACCCAACCUGGCAACCCUCUGUGCCAAGAAAGGUCUACUGUUUGUACCGCCGAACAUUGAUAGGCAUACAGUGGAGCUACGGCUGGCUGACAACUUUGUCACAAGUGUGAAGAGGAAGGAUUUUGCAAACAUGACACGGCUGGUGGACCUAACAUUAUCCAGAAACACCAUCUCCUUCAUCACACCUCAUGCCUUUACCGAUCUGGAAAACCUCAGAGCUCUACACCUCAACAGUAACCGACUGACGAGGAUAGGCAAUGAUACAUUCAGUGGGAUGUCGAAGCUUCACCACCUGAUUCUGAACAACAACCAGCUGGUGCUGAUCCACCAGGGAGCAUUCAACGACCUGCUGGCACUGGAAGAAUUGGACCUCAGUUACAAUAACCUGGACUCUAUUCCAUGGGAGGCCAUCCAGAAAAUGACUAGUCUCCAUACGUUGAGUUUAGACCACAACAUGUUGGACUUCAUUCCAGAGGGAACAUUUUCACUGCUACAGAAACUCAACCGGCUGGACGUCACCUCUAAUAAACUUCAAAAGCUGCCACCAGACCCACUUUUUCAACGGGCUCAGGUCCUGGCCACGUCCGGGGUCCUGAGCUCCACUUCUUUUGCAUUGUCAUUCGGUGGGAACCCUCUGCACUGUAACUGUGAGUUACUGUGGCUGCGAAGGCUGAACAGAGAGGACGACCUGGAAACGUGCGCUUCACCCCAACACCUCUCCGGCCGAUACUUCUGGUCCAUCCCUGAAGAGGAGUUUCUCUGCGAACCUCCACUCAUCACCAGAUACUCCCAUGAGAUGAGGGUGCUUGAAGGGCAAAGAGUUGCACUCAGGUGUAAGGCAAGAGGUGACCCAGAGCCAGCCAUCCAUUGGAUCUCUCCAGAGGGCAAACUGGUGUCUAACUCCUCCAGAACAUUGGUCUACACCAAUGGGACUCUGGACAUCCUCAUCAGUACAGUGAAAGACACCGGCUCCUUCACCUGCAUCUCCUCCAACCCUGCCGGUGAAGCCCACCAAACAGUAGACCUGGUUAUUAUAAAACUCCCCCACAUCUCCAACAACACCAACAACAUCCAGGAGCCCGACCCAGGAUCAUCAGACAUUUCCACGUCGACCCGUGGCGGAGCCAAUGGGAGCAACGUGACGGGUGACGUGAAGGGCGGGGUGGAUAAAAGGGUGGUGACGGCUGAGGCCACGUCAUCAACAGCGCUUAUCAAGUUCAACUUCCAGAGGAAUAUUCCAGGCAUUAGGAUGUUCCAGAUACAGUACAAUGGGAGCCAAGAUGACUCGCUGGUUUACAGACAGAUUAAACCAACAUGGAGAUGAAACCGGGAUUGAGAGCAAAAAUGCCGACAAACUGCGACGUGAGAAACUUCAUGAUCCUCAGUUGAACCCGGCAAAACAUCUCAGCUCACUCUAUCUGCUGAUUCACCAGGAUGGCCUUGACAGGGAAAGCUCUGCUGGUCCUUCUUGACUUUUGCCAUUUGCUCAGGAUUACACAGAUUAGAUCGAUCUCGUAGGGAAUGAUUGUUAUUUGAGCUAAAUAUUUACUCCAGCAAAAUGGGGGAGAGGGAAUUAACAAACACACAGGGCUUUCGUAGGGAAAUCUGCCAGUAUUAUCUGCCUUUCAUAUCACCACUAAUCCUCAUACAUACUUCAUCAGUGUGCAUCAUCAUUAAGAAGUGAGGGAGCAUUGAGAUUGACCGUCUGGGUCAUGAUAAUGACAGUGCUCUAGGUUGUUAUGAAAUUAAUCUCUGAAGACAGAUUUUUUAAUUUUUCUAUGAGCCAUGAAUUUGUGAACCUUGAUCUCUUACAGACUUUAUCUCUCUGUGACUCCACCAAUAUAUCAAUCACAAACAGAGAUCAUUCAUAGAAGAAUCUGCUGGCAUUACCUGCCUUGCAUAUUGUUGGUCGUAAUCUCUGUACAUAAUUCAUCAGCACUUAAACUCAUUCAGAGAAUGCAUCAUUCAUUUGAGAGAUGGCGCCGAUAGUCUGUCUCCCAAAGAUAACGUCAUAGCUUUUCACAUCAAGAUAGCUGCUUUACCUCUUUAUCCAUCUCUUGCUCCGCUGCUGUUUUAUUCACAAAAGCACACCAAAGCUUUUGUGCAUUUGUAGGAUUGUCAUCCUAAAAAAGGCUGCGUUUAUACUUUUAGCCCAAGACUUUAAAAUACUUGUUGUAAAGUAUUAAGUUGGAGAGCAUGACGGCCACAACAACAAACAGCUUCCUGUGGGGGCAUGGAGGAGGAGGGAUUAGACAGCCUUUCACCACCCACCCCGGUCCUUACUCGCUCUGUCACGUCACUCAAAGUCUUUCUUUUUUCCUGUCUUUUUAUCCUCCCCUCUUCCUCUUGCUGUCCCUUCCUCUUUUUUUCCAAUAUUAAGCGCUGAAGUCAUUUGUGUUUCUCCUUGUUAUUUUGCAGCUCUCUUGUCUUUAGAUAGCGGAUUGAUUUCCAUUCAACACCUCUGCUGGCACAAAGCAGCAACCGAUUGAUUCUGUUUUUUCAUUACCCAAACACAGAGAAGAAAGAGAAGUGGGACAGAGAGGGGGAAAGAGAAUACAAAAGUGGGAAAAAGGGAAAGGACGAGUGGAAAACAGGGGAAUGACAUAGGGGAGAGAGUAGGAGGGAAAGGGAAUGACAGACAAGGGAAGACUGGUCCUAUUGUCACAUACAGGGCACUUACUUUUCAGAUUCAAUGAGAGCAUAUUGAUUUGGUGCACAUUGACAUUUCUGCGCUUUACUCCCCACCUGCUCAACAUAAUGCUCUUGGGUGUAGGGAGGGUUGCUGUAUUUUUCCUUCAUACUGUGAAUCCAGCUCUCUGCGUAAACCGAUGGGCAAGUGAGUGAUAGUUUAAAGCUUUUGCAGGCAUAUCCGCCCGGUUAUGGUAAACUCCUGGACAUUCAAUAUGCUGCACAUCUGAAAUGUAAUAGCUUUAAUACUUGAUUCUGUAUUGAUCCCUGCAGGGAAACCCCACCCACUGCUUCUUCCAGUGGGAGGUCAGGGUCAGCUGCAGAACAGCACUCCUGGAGCUGACAGGGAUUCCGUGUCUUGCUCAAGGACACUUGAUGUUUACUGAUACAGUACGGGUGUUUAAACGCCAGUCCUUCUGCUUAAGUAUUGAAUUUAUAUUCCGGAGCCAGGCCUGCUGCCCAGUCAUUCACAAUAGUAAACUCCCUCACAAACAACAAAUGUAUAUAAUCAAUUUCUCAAUACCAUAAUCAGUAUUUUCCUUGUGAUUAUUAUUAAGAAGAGUGAAGAAUAGCUGGACAAUUUAUAAUUUUUAUAUCAAAAUAGCAAUUUGAAAAAGAGCAUUUUUCUUACCACAAAAGCCACGAUUUUAAUUAGAACUUACAAAAUGAACGGUGUCUAAACAACCUGCAGCAAGUGAAAGCUAAAGGUAAUGUUUAAGGUAAUGUUAAUUGUGUGAGUUGGUGAAACAGUAAAAUACGAAAUCGUGGCUGCUGUCUGGUUAAUAUGCUCCCUGUAUGCCAGUGUUUUUUCAAAUUUACACUUAGCCAAAGAUGGUUUUGGAGAAAAAGAAACACCACUCUGUAUCAUUUGUGAUGUUUGAAAAAAUAAUGUGUGGGUUAUGUCUUUUUACUGUUCAUAAAAAACUAACAGUGUGGCAAGUUUUCUUCCACAUCUUAGUAGUUGUGGAGUGUAUGACAGACAGCUGAACACAUGAAAUGCUGUCACCAGAGUAUUCCAGUUCACCCCAAAAUUUUAAAUACAUAUUUUUCCUCACACCAAAACAAUCAAGAUAUACGAGCAUACAUUUACAAACUACAGAGAAAGUCCAAAAAUAGAAGGGAAAAAACAAUUAAAGCAUCUUUUACGGUCCAAUCUUCAGACCAUCAUUGUCUACAACAAAAGUCAUAAAUCACUGUCAAAAAAAUACUAUGGAGCUCUGGAAAAAUCUGAAUAAAUACUAAUUAAAUAAUCCAUCUUGCCUUCUUUUCCAGGCUUUUGAGACAAAGUUAGUAAACUAAAACACAUUGAAAUUCAACAGCCAUUCCAGUUUUUGCUCAUCUUUACACCAGAAUAUUUCAGGGUUUUAUCAAGCCAUUUCAUGGUACAUUAACUCUCUUAAAUCAUCAUAAUUUGUACAGUGCAAAAGAAAAUGGGACUCACUUUCCACUUCACCCAAAUCACACAGUUCACACAAUCAGUUUCCCUCCGAAUAUUUUUGAAUCGACCAACCUCAGUGGCCAGAGAAAGAAUACCAGCACUCAACUGUGCAGCUAAAGAGCUUUGGCUUUUAGAUAAACGAGAUAUAACAUAUGACUCAGGGCCAAACUGUUGUUUAAUAUGCACAGAUAUCCUGAAUUUUGGU